AUGUAUUCAAGAUAUGUUCCUCCUUCCAAAAAGAAGGUAACGACGCAAGAGAAUUCUAUCGAGGCCCCUCCAUCUCCCCCCAAAUCAUCCUCUCCUCCUCCUCUCGCCCCACCUGCUACACGACCAGAUGCCUCCUCAACUUAUGCGCGUUAUGUACCAUCUUCUAAAUCAAAAUUAAAACCAAAUACGCAACUAGACGCCCCCAUAGCUGCGCCCGAAUCACCAUCUCCAGCCUCCAAACGAAAGCGCGAAGAUGUCGUUCAGCCCACGCCAGAGCCCAUUUCCAAGAAAGCAAGAAAAGAGAAGAAAGAGAAGUCUGUGACAGCACUCGUGCCAUCAAUUUAUGAGGACUCGCAUAAUGAUACUGUCUCGUCAGAAGAAGCGCAAGAAGCGCAAGAAGUAACAAGGAAGGACAAGAAAUCAAAGAUGUCCAAGUCGAAGGUCGAAACCAUUCCGUCUCGGGAUAUUGCAGAAAGUAGUGAGGAUAUAGAUGAUAAAAGACAUAAAAGAGUAUUAGAGAAGCGCGAGAAGUCUAUCAAGAAGGCUGAGAGGCGUGCGCGCAAAGCUGCUGAGGAGGGUCUGGCUAUUGAGAACGCCCAAGAGCCAGAGGAACCUGCAGAGAUCCACGAUUUAGUCCCACUGCCGCAGCCAGAACCAAUUCCCGAACUUCCACCUCCAUCGCUCGAAUCUACUCUCCCUUCAUGGCUUGCGUCACCAAUUUUAGUCUCACCUACGACUACUGCCCAAUUUUCCGAUUUAGGGGUCGAGGUUGAAGCUGCCAAUGUUCUUCGGUCCAAAAGCUUUAAUGAAGCAUUCGCCGUUCAAGCCGCAGUACUUCCUCUCCUACUUCCUGGCUCUCAGCAAAAGCCUGGUGAUGUAUUGGUGUCAGCGGCAACCGGAUCCGGAAAGACGCUAUCAUACGUUUUGCCCAUGACCCAAGAUAUCAGCCAUAAUACAGUCACUCGUCUACGUGGAUUGAUCGUCAUGCCGACUCGAGAACUUGUAUCUCAAGCGCGUGAAGUGUGUGAGGUAUGUUCGAGUGCAUUCUCUGCUGGCAGUAGAAAACGUGUAAAGAUAGGCACAGCAGUAGGAAAUGAAGCUUUUAAAGUAGAACAAGCAAACCUUAUGGAAAAUACAUAUCGAUAUGAUCCGAUACUAUACCACGAGCAAGAAAGGCGAAAAAAUUCUCGAUGGGAGAGUUCUGAUGCUGGGACAGAUGAUGAAGGUGAACCGUUCUUCGAUGAUGAAACCGUUUCUCCUUUGCCUGAUCAUGUCAUUGAGCCAGUAUCAAAGGUUGAUAUUCUAAUUUGCACGCCGGGAAGAUUGGUGGAGCAUCUAAAGUCUACCCCAGGGUUUACUCUACAGCAUGUCAAAUGGCUUAUUAUAGACGAAGCAGAUAAGCUUCUGGAUCAAAGUUUCCAGCAAUGGUUGGAUGUUGUUAUGAAUUCCUCAGCGGCAGGGCAGAAAUCACUUCCAAAUAAUAAGGAUAGGGUGAGGAAAAUUGUUCUUAGCGCUACGAUGACUAGAGAUAUUGGUCAAUUGACUAGUUUGAAGCUCUAUCGACCAAAAUUGGUAGUCCUAGAAGGCUCAUCAGCCAUUAAUGAUGAAAAGGGCUCACAGGCGCAUGUUCUACCAUCUGGACUUGCUGAAUUUGCUGUCAAGGUAGAUGACGAGAAUCUGAAGCCGUUGUAUUUGAUUGAAAUAUUGAAGGGAAAUAGCAUGAUAGACGAGAGCGAAAUUAAAUCUGACACAGACACGGAUUCGGAUUCUUCUGAUUCCAGUUCAGACGAAGAUAGCUCAGAAGACAGUUCGUCCUCAGAUGACAGCUCAAAAUCAGACUCUGAUUCAGAUUCGGAUUCAAGACCAUCGCCCAAGUCGAAAUCAAAAAUCAAAAGUAAUCCACUACCGAUCAAUCACGAACCUCAUGGUGUGCUCAUAUUCACCAAAUCUAACGAAUCCGCCAUCCGUCUCGGUCGUUUGCUUUCCUUGAUCAACGAUUCCUACACGAAUAUCAUUGGAACCCUCACCUCCACAACCCGUUCCUCCGAGCGCAGGGCCUCUAUUGCCUCAUUCUCUCGAGGUAAACUCCAAAUCCUCGUCGCUUCUGAUCUCGUCUCUCGUGGUCUCGAUCUUCCUGAUCUUGCACAUGUCAUAAAUUAUGAUGUUCCUACAAGCAUUACAAAUUAUGUACACAGAGUAGGUAGAACGGCGAGAGCAGGGAGACAAGGAUCUGCAUGGACGUUAGUUGGGAACACUGAGGCGAGAUGGUUCUUCAAUGAGGUUGCAAAGAGUGAAGAAAUCAGGAGGAGAGACGGAGAGAAGGUCAAGAGAGUGGUGGUUGAUGCAAGAAAGUUUGGCGAGUAUAAGAAGGAAACUUAUGAGGAUGCCUUGGAGGAGCUGAGUCAAGAAGCUAUGGCAAUCAGGAAAAAGAAGUCUAGCUAG